AUGAUGCAAAGAAGAUUUUUCUCGAUUAAUCAUAAGAAAAUUCCAGCAAUUAUUUCUGAUAUACAUGGUGUGAUAAUUAAAUAAGGGUAAAGGAAUUCAGAACACAAAAGAGGCUAUUGAAAGGAUCAAGACAUACCAAAAUAGAGAUGAAGCAUCACUACCUUUCUUCUUGCUUUCCAACGGAGGAGGGACAUCAGAGAGUUCAAAGGCAGAAUCAUUGAAUAAAAUGCUCGGAAUCACUAAUAAAUCUUUGAAACUAACAGGAAAGGAUAUAAUUUUAGCAUCUUCUCCAUUUAGAUAUCAGAUUCCUAAUCAGAAUCAGCUUUCUCUCAUCUUUGGAGGAAUUGACAGUAUUGAAAUGGCUGAAGAUUAUGGAUUUAAGAAUUACCUUCUUUGCCAAGAAUAUAGUUGUCUAUUUCCUUACUUGGCUCCAACAUCUAUUAGAAAUAGAACACAUGAAGAGCGUAGAUAUCAUUUGGAGAAUUUAAGAGCUAGGAAAGGGCUUGAUGAGAAUAUUAGAGAAUUAUCAUAUGCUCCGGAAAAGGAAAGAAUGGCAGCUCUCCAAAAAUUUCCAGUGCAUUCUGCCUUUGUGUUUCAUUAUGUGAUGAAGCUUGAAGAAUCACUCCAAAUCCUCAGUGAUCUUGCAGUUUCUCCCACUGGAUAUCCUGGGCUGAUUAGAAAUCAGGAGGAUCAACAGAAAACAAAGAUAUUUGUUGCAAAUCCUGAGAGCAUCACAUAUACAGAAAAGUUUGCAAUGAAGAGAAUUGGCCAGGGAAGUUUUCUGAAGAUUUUUCAAAAUAUCUUCCAACUCCAGUAUGGUUUCAAUGCUGAUGUGACUGCAUUUGGAAAACCUGGAAUAGCCUCUUUUGAUUAUUGCUCAAACAAAUUAGAAGCCAUGCUCCAGGAUAAUCUUGGGGAGAUCUACAUGAUAGGUGACUCAUUAAAAGGAGAUAUCCAAGGCGCCAAUAAUGCCGGCUGGAAAAGUAUUUUAGUCAAAUCAGGAGAUUAUUCUCAAAAAUGAGGCAAUAUUUGUGAAGAAAUUGAAACUCUUGAGUUCAAGCCAACCUAUAUUGCAGAAGAUUUUUCUGAAGCUGUUGAUCUUAUCUUCAAAGAGCAUCUUCAAGGAUAA